GACCCACAGACGCAGGGCUGUCCUCUAACAGAGCUUCAGAUCUGAUCUACUCAUGUGGAUUUUUCUAUGAAACUUUGCCAGCUGAGGACUUAGUCUAUCUUUUUUUUUGUGCUGCCACCUACAGAAGGAAAACUUGUUUGAGAUUUCAAGGAGAGUUUUGGUUUCAUGCCUGGCUGACAUAGAGCGUAUCUGCUCAGACCCUGUGGUUUAGUGGAUGCAUGGAAGAGGCUUUCCGUCAUUCUCUCGGGUCACCAGUUGCCAUCUCAGACAACAAGAGUCUCCCGUCUUUGCAAGAUCUUUCUGGUUUUCCCUCUGAAGCGCUUGGAAAUACAGGAGAAGAGCAACAGAUAAAGGAGACAGAAGCAGAAGAUCUUCAUGUAUUCCCUCAAAGCCUAAAAGAGACAAAUAGUGACAGCUGGCUGGUGGACCUGAGGGGGCAUGGGGACGAUGAGGAUGGUUUGGCUGUGUCUCCUAGCCUGCAGUGUCCUACUUAUUGGUUUCCUUCACGUGGCUGUCACAGAAAAUGAUGUCACUCCACGCCUCAGCUUUCCCUACAAUGCAAAGGAAAGGACAACAAAAAGCUUCUCAGCCAACGGGGUGUACAACUUCACCUCCUUCCUGCUCAGUAGUGAAGACAACAUGCUCUAUGUUGGGGCCCGGGAGAUUCUCUUUGCUCUCAACCUCUCUGAUAUCAGUGCAACAAAGCUUAAAAGAAGCCUCACAUGGAAAACUCCGGAGAGGAAGAGAGAGGAGUGCAGUUUCAAAGGCAAAGAUCUUCAGAAAGACUGCUUCAACUACAUAAAGAUUUUGCUGCAGAAGAACAGCACUCACCUGUACGUUUGUGGGACGUACGCCUUCAGCCCUAUCUGUGCCUACAUUAGGACAGCAGACUUCUCUUUUGUCAGAAGUGACGCUGGUGAGAUUGUUACAGAAGAUGGACGCAGCCGCUGCCCGUUCAACCCGGAGUACAAGUCCACUGCCAUCAUGGCUGAUGGGGAACUGUAUGCCGGCACAGUUAGUAAUUUCCAAGGAAAUGAACCCAUCAUCUACAAGAGCCUGAGCCAAGGCACUGCUCUGAAAACGGAAAACUCUCUCAACUGGCUUCAAGACCCAGCCUUUGUUGGCUCGGCUUACAUUCAGGAGAGCCUACCCAAGGGCAACCUUGUGGGCGAUGACGAUAAGAUUUACUUCUUCUUCAGUGAAGCAGGAAAGGAGUUUGAUUUCUUUGACAACACUGUCGUUUCACGCAUCGCCCGUGUGUGUAAGGGUGACAUCGGAGGGGAGAGGGUAUUACAGAAGAAAUGGACCACUUUCUUAAAGGCCCAGCUUCUGUGCUCAUUGCCUGAUGAUGGGUUCCCCUUCAACAUAAUCCAAGACAUGUUUGUGCUCACGCCGGGCCCCGAGGACUGGAAGAACACUGUGUUUUAUGGAGUCUUCACAUCUCAAUGGUACAAAGGUGCUUCAGGAAGCUCUGCAGUCUGUUCCUUCACCAUGGACCAAGUGGAAAAGGCUUUUAAUGGGCGAUACCGUGAGGUCAACAGAGAGACCCAGCAGUGGUACACUUAUAAUCAUCCUGUCCCGGACCCUCGGCCAGGAGCUUGCAUAACAAAUGCAGCCAGAGAGCUGGGCAUAACCUCCACGCUGCACAUGCCGGACAAAGUGUUGAAUUUUGUCAAAGACCACUUCCUGAUGGACAGCGUCAUCCGCAGCCAACCCCUACUUCUGAAACGUAACAUACGCUACACACAGAUUGUUGUCCAUCGGGUCCAGACAACUAAAAAGGAGUAUGAUGUGCUUUUUAUUGGCACAGAUAAUGGGAGACUCCAUAAAGCCAUCAACAUCAAAAACAAGAUGCAUAUUAUUGAGGAGAUGGUGAUCUUCCGUGACGCUCAACCAGUUCAGCACAUUGAGUUGGACACUAACAAGGGUCGGCUCUACGUUUCGUCUCUCUCUGAAGUUGUUGAGGUCCCAGUAGCUAACUGCUCUAAUUAUCAGAGCUGUGGGGAGUGCAUCCUCUCCAGGGAUCCAUACUGUGCCUGGAACAAGUGGCAGUGUGUAGAUGUCAGAAGUAUUCCUGCCAGCAAGACCCAGCACCAAGAUGUAGAUGAUGCAAAUACAUCAGCUAUUUGCGGAAAGCCGAGCCCACGGGCUGCUAAUCCUCCACCAACAAGAGCUUCUUCAUGCCAGGCAAUAAUUAUCCCAGCCAACACUUUCAAAGUACUGCCAUGCAAGCUGCGCUCCAAUUUAGCUGAGAGAAAGUGGCAGUUCAGUCAAGGCACAGGUCACUUUCACUACCCCAGCCCAGAGGGGGGUCUAGUAGUGGUCGCUCAGGCCGGCAGACAGGAAACCUACGAGUGCUGGUCAGUGGAGGAAGGCUUUAUGGAGCUGCUUGCAAACUACUGUGUAAGAGGCGAAGCCAGACAGGAGAGCACUACGCUGACGGGCCGUUCUCGUAUACCACAGCUUUCCCAGGAGGAAGUUAUAUUUCUGCCAGGGGAAACCCGCUCUCCACAGAUCAACACCAAAACCUACUGGAAUGAGCUGAUUGUUGUGUGCGCCCUCUUGGGGUUUUCCAUCCUGGUCUUUUCCCUGUUUGUGGUCUACAGGAAUCGUGACCACAUGAAAUCCAUGCUUAAGGAGGGAGAGUGCCCAAAUAUGCAGCAAAAAAAGCCAAGAAUAGUGAACAAACCAGCUGAGAACUUACCUCUAAACGGCACCACCGUCCCAACGUCUGUGUCAGAUCACAAAGGAUAUCAAACCCUUAAUGACAACUACCUGUGCAGCACCCCUCCACAUGAGUGCUCCUCGCCCGAAAACACCAAGAGCUUCUCGGAGUCAGAGAAAAGGCCUCUGAACUUAAAAGAGAGUCAUGUAGAGAUUUCUCCCACAUGCCCGCGGCCACGAGUCAGACUAGGCUCUGAGAUUAAAGACUCUAUAGUGUGAGGCUGGCUGAAAAGAGCUGGAAUGAGUGCGCUUGUUGGAAAAGACCAAACUUUUUAGGAGAAAGAAUGCAGCACUCUAACAGUGAAACAUUCAUUACAGAUAUUUUGCACUUUGUCUACUUUUGUUCUGUCCCUGUGGUUCAAUGUGCAUUUCAUUUGAUUGCUCUCUUUCACACAGUGCAUUCAGAGCAACCCCUAUAUUGCCUUCUGAUGCGCUCACACAUGGCUCACAGGAAUGUAACAAGCACAGAGGUGGCAUCAAAACCACUAGUUAGGGAUCAAGUUUCAGGGCAUUUCAAACUUUUCCGUCCAUGUAAAACACUGGUACUGCUUGGAACUGCGGAAUAUUACCCAAAGUGUAUGCCACUAAAAGUGACAGCAUUGGAGGUUUUAUUGUUAUUCUGCAAUUUGGCGGGUAUCCAUGCUUCAUUGAGGCUACCGUGAAUUUGCUCAUUCCCAAACAUAAGAAAAUCGACAAGUCAGAAUCAUGAAGGAAAAAAAACAAUUCAAAAAUUUAAAUAUGAAGAUAAGAAAACAAAUCAUCUUUAUAAUGAUUUGGGCCGUCUCAAAAGUGUUCAAACCCUUUGAACAACAAACUUUUAUGUGUUUUAUUAGGUUUGGUAUGUGACACAUCGACACACAGUAGUGUAUCAUUAUAAUAUCCAUGGUUCAUUGAAAAAAAGGACACAUUUGAAAGUUUUGUUAUCUCCCAUUUUGUGCAUUAACUCUUUUUCGCAAAAGCCAAAAAACACCGGAAGCGAGCGUAAAAACGUAAUGUGAAUUUGAAAAUUUUCCAAAUUUCCCCCCAGGUCUCUUUUUUUUUCUUGCCCCUUGUUAAUGCUGUGCUACUUUGUGUUGGUUUGUCACAGAAAAUAAAAAUAAAAAAAUACAAUGAAGUUUGUUGCUGUAGAGCGACACGAUGCAAAGUAGUUUAGAGGUUAUGGAUACUUAGCCAGAUAAGUUCAAAUGUUAAUAGAGCAGGGGUGCUCAAGUUCAUUCCUCAAGAGCUGCUAUCCUGCAACUUUUUGAUCACUCCAUUUUUAAAGCAUCUGAAUCAAAUGAAUUGCUCGUUACAAUGCCUUUGCAGAGUUAAAUGAGGUGAUUGAACAUUUGGUUUCAGGUGUUUUAGAGAAGAGAUGCAUCUAAAAGUUACAGGGUGGUAUCUCUAGAGGACUGGACUUCAGCACCCCUGUUACAGAGGCUACAUGACAACAACAAAGAAAGCAUAUACUUUAAUAUAAAUAUGCUUUUAGGCAUGUAGAUUUUCAAUUUUUGAGGUCUUAUGUUAAAUUAAUUUUCUUUAUCUACAUGCAAAAAAAAAAGAGAAAUCUCAUCGUAGUCAUCAUGGUAUUACUCACAAGAUCGGCGGUCUAUGCAAAGCAAAAAAAUGUGAAGUGAGGUUUAAAUGCAAAGGUUGACCUCACCUUGAAACUGGGUAAGCACAAGUUAUCUUUUUUUUUAUUUACGAAUCUGCGCCACUAAAAAAAAAUAAAAAUCAACAACAAACAACUCAUUAUACAAUGUGCAAAUAUGCAGAGCAUUCUAGCCAUUUUCAAAACAUUUCAAAGCAGAGGGCAAUGAAAACCUUGACAGGUCGGCAUGACGAAACAGGAUAAAUUACAGAAGGUCAAGGACUGUGAUGUUAAUCUGUGGCAUCUGAUUUAUUGCACCAUACUGAAACUGUAUAGAUAUUUAUCAUAAUAAUGUGGCCAAAUGUUUUGGUUGCACAGAUAGAUUUUUUUUGAACCCCUCUUCAGUGUUUCAAAUAUCUAUCACAGUUUUCACAAAGAAGUAGGGAUGAAUAUAGACGUAUUCUGACUUAAUCAACACACAUCUGUAUAGCCUCACCAUACAGUUGUCAGCUCAUGAGUCUUAUCUAUGAAAAUAACUACAAAAACAUUUGCUUGCUUAACAGGCUUUGAGUGACCAUCAGCGCAAUAAACCCCAUUCCCAUCCAGAGAUAUACACUAGAUGCAGUGCACUGAAUAAUGUUAUUUAUGCAGAAAAUAACGAACAAUAAACUACAACAAUUGCUAAAUUCAUGGAUAUUUUAUCAUCAUAAGUAAGUUCUGCUUUAGUUUGGCUCUGGCAUUGUGAAAAAAUAAAGACUUAGAAAAAUCAUAAAACUAGGCAUAUUACUGAGGGAUUUGCACUUGUUUAAACGCCUUAUUGUGUUGGAGGUUGUGGCUCUGAGUAACAAAUUUGCCUUGGCAAAUAAAUAAAAAAUGCCUUCUGAAACAAUAAUCAGGUGAUGUGCCUCUCGGGAGGAUGAACUAACCAGGUAUUAGAGCUUUAGAGUUAUAUGAGACACAGCAAGGUGUCAAAGAAAUGGCCAUACAUAGCAACAAUGGAAAACAGUCAAAAGACGUGUACUGUCAUGCAAUAGCGGUCCCAUUGUGUCUGUCAUUGCUUAGGGAUUGAAUUUUAUUCUUAAAUCACAAUUCAUAACAAAAUCCUAAAAUAUAUAUAUAUAUAUAAAAGUAUUAUUAUCAUAUUAAAUUUCCUAUUCAGGUGAUUUAUUUUUCUGAGACUGCCGAGCUGCGAUCACUCAUGCAGUGUAAAAAAAAAGCAAACUGACUGUUAAUGACGUAAACAAAUUGGCAGCUUUUGGUGAAGUGACUGCUAUGAACAAUAAUUGAUGUGCUACAGUCAAAUGCAUUGUGGUGGUAUUUUGCUCAAAAAAGAUUUGCAGGUCUGUUGAAUACAAGCUGAAACUAAUAAUGGCACUGUAAAAGUAUUGUCUGCUCUCUCCUUUUGAACCACUAUAGUAAGACCCUCUGUUAGACAGCACACGUUGCUUGGACUCCCUUCCACACACAUUUACAGCUAGUGAACAGGUUUUUGUAAAGUUAUUUUGUAACUUCAGCUGCCAAUGUACAGGUAUUGUGAAUUGUAUUUUUGUAUCAUACAUCACUACUGUUUUUUGUUUUGUUUUUGUAUUGUAUAUAAAAAGCACUUUAUUUUAAUUUUUCAA